AUGGCCACAAUACCUCCGUCACACCAGAAAAGCUCCAUCCCGCCGCAACUCUCCCUUCCCUUUGACGAUCGCCAACCCGACACUAUUCGACUUUACCCGCUCAGCAACUACACAUUCGGCACGAAAGAAACGCAGCCAGAGGAAGAUCCGUCGGUGAAGGACCGAUUACGCCGGCUAGAGGAAUACUACGAGCAAUAUGGCAUGCGACGGACGGCGGAAGGCGUGUUGGUUUGUCACGAGCACAACCAUCCUCACGUCCUCAUGCUGCAGAUAGCGAAUGCCUUCUUCAAACUACCAGGCGACUACCUCCCGCACGACAGCGACGAAAUCGAAGGCCUCAAAACCCGACUAAACGACCGCCUCGCCCCCACCGGCUCCCUCUCGCAAAUCGAAGCAGCAAACCACAACCCCGACUGGGAAAUCCACUCCACCAUUUCCCAAUGGUGGCGCCCCAACUUCGAAACCUCCAUGUACCCCUACCUCCCCCCGCACAUCACGCGACCAAAGGAGUGCAAAAAGCUGUACCUCGUGCAGCUGCCGGAGGCAAAGGUGCUGAGCGUGCCCAAGAAUAUGAAGCUCUUGGCUGUGCCGCUGUUUGAGCUGUACGAUAAUACGCAGAGGUAUGGGCCGCAGCUGGCCGCCAUUCCGCAUUAUUUGAGUCGGUAUCGUUGGGAGUCUGUGGAUGAGGAGGGCGUGGUGGUUAGUUGGACUCCGGGGGGUGCUGUUGAUGGGAGGGUGAGGACGAAGGUUUUGGCGGGUGGAGAGGGAGGGGUGGAGAAGAUGGAGGAGGAUGGAGAUGGAGCGGCGGCGGCAAUCACAGCUGAGAGUAACGCCACUGAUGAGUGA